CUUAUACAUUAACACACGUUUAACUUGAUUAUAAAAAAAAUCAUAUUGACUUUUGACACCAAAAUCUCGGUCUACACACCUCAAAGACAUGAUAAUGUUUUGGAUUUGCUGAAUUCCUUGUCCACAUGUGUGAAAACUUGAACAUAAUAACAAUAGUAACAUCAACACUCAUUUUAUAAUACCAUCAUCUAGUCUUUAGAAGGAAUAUACAAACACACGCAACCUUCUGCUCUUUCUCUCAAGAAACUGGUGACCGGAGAUCGGAGCUCCGGCGAGCUUCUCCGGCGACGCGCACCCCCCCUGCAAACCACCCUCCUCCUCCCUCUUCACCUUAAACCAUCCCAUAGCCCCCUGUUUCUCUUAGUUACACGGCCGGCCACCACCCAACCGGUGGUGGCGUACGGCGGCGGCAGUGAAUUCCGACGACCCUGAUGAUGAUGAUGAUAAUGUUGAUGAAGCUGAUGAUGAUGAAUUCAAACUCCGACAGCCGUAUCUCACUCUGGUUCCGACGAUGACGAUAUUGUCACUGAUGUUGACGAUGGUGACGAUACUGAUGGAGAUGAAUGGCAGCGACAGUGGUGCGAUGGUGUGGAGGAUCCGACACAAAUAACUCCGGCCGUAUCAAUAACGGUGGUGGUGGGUUCGUGGUGGUGACGGUGGUGAGCGUCUAAGGUUGUGGAGGUGAUGAUUACUUCUGAUCGACUUGGAGAUGAGAUUCAGCUCGGUUUCGGUUCAGGCUCAACCAUGGUUCUGUUUCGGGUUCUUGGUUCGAGCCGGGUUAUAACGUUCCAGCUUCAUGAUGCGGCUCGGUCAACUCACGGUUCGGGUUACGUCUCGGCUUAGGUUAGAAUUUGUUUUGGUCUCGGUUCAGUUUUUUUUGGAAGUCUCGGCUUGGAUAUUUCGGUUCAACAGGUGUUAAUAUUGUUUGAUUCGGGAGUUUUGGGUCACCUAUGGGUGUUUUGUUUCAGCUUGGGUUGAUUCGGGUCAAAGAUGUGUACGGUCAUCAGGUCAGUUUUGGGUUCACGGCUCGAUUCGGGUCCAGUUAAAACCAAGUCCACUGCAGGUUCUCGUUUCGAGUCAACUGGUCAGCCGCGGUUCGGGUGCGGUUCGAUGGGCCAGAUUUUGGUUCGUAAUAAUUUUGGUCAACUGUGGUCAACCCUGGUCAACAUCAAGUCAACUGCGGUCAACAACAGUCAAACGGACCCGUUGCACGCUAGCCAGUUCACGUUCUUGGAACAACAUCAUAGAAACACACUAAGCUAGCUUUGCACAGAAAUGUCAAGGUUGCAUUUUCAAAACUAUGGAAUGGUUGGAAUAGGAGAACCCAUGGGAAUUCGAGUACUUAGCGGCGUUCUUUUUCUAGAAGUCUUAGCUUUUUUUGCUUCCGCUGUGCAAUGAAGAUACCGGUCCAGUCACGCCAUGCUCUGAUAUUUCGGGGUGUGACACAUGGGAAUGUAUUGAAUAUCGAUAUAUUAGACCGAUUAAUGACAAUGGAGAGAAGGUUGGUAUUAAAGAUCUAAGUGUUGAUGAGAAAAAGAAAUACAAAACUGAAAAGAUGAUGGUUAGUUUAUUACAGCAAGCUGUUAAGGAAGAAAUUUUGAUUUUACUACAACACAACGGAAGUGCACAUUCAAUAUGGAAAGAACUAAGAUCAAAGUUUGUUGGAAGUAAAGAGAUGAUCAAGAACAAAAUGUCGCUUUUGAAGAAAGAAUUUGAUCUAUUUCGUGGAUUAACAACUAAAAACACCAAGCAAAUUAUAGAAAGAUAUUGCAAUUUGGUGAUGAACAUGAAGAGAUUGAACAUCACUAAAGAUAAUGAAGAAUGGAUUGAAAAAUUGGCCGAUGCGUUGCCACAAGAUGUUUGGGGCACGUAUCUUAUGAUGUUGAAAAAUAAACCUGAAUUUGACAAUCUAACGCUGAGCACGUUUAUUGAACAACUCGAAGCUCAAGAGAUGGAACAACGAAAAAUAGCGAGAAUGAAGGACUUUGAUGGUGAACAAGACAUUGGUCUGUAUUACAAAGGAGGUAUUAGUGAUAAAACCAACUCUUCACCAAAGAUCGAAACUGCAUUUAAUGCAAAAAGUUCUUCUAGAGGGUCGUCUCAAGGUUCAAACAACAAAACUGGAUUCUCUUCAUAUCCAUCAUUCGAUCCAAAUUUUUCAGCAAUCAAGAAUGGCAAAGUACUACAAUGCAACAUUGCGUUAAAUCUUGAGAAUGGUCAGAAUUUCUCGGAAGAGGUUGCAAAAGGUCAUAUGUCUUUGUUGGUGACCGUGUUAGAAUCUUAUGAGAGUUUAGUUGCAGGAAGGAUCGGAAAUCCAAUGUUGACAAAAGAGGAUUACGAUCAGAUCGAUGAUGAGGAGAUGGAAUUAAUGGAUAUUAAGUGGUGUUUGGCUAGUGUGUUGAGGAGAGCUGAGAAGUUUAAACAGAUCACAGGAAGAGAUGAUUUCCGUGAUGCUAAUGUUUAUACUUUAGGCUUUGAUAAAUCUAAAGUUAUUUGUUUUCGUUGCAGGGAAAAGGGGCAUUUCAAGCGAGAAUGCACAAACCGCGAAGCAAGUGGUGCUCAAAAUCCAUUCGGCAACAAUGAUUAUUAUCGAAAAGCGAUUUAUCAUCAAGUUGCUCAACAACCAUAUCAACAACAAUCGCCACAAAUUUCACAUGCUAAGAAGGAAAUGAUCGAAGAGUCAUCAUCAAAAAGAGCUUGUUUUGGUUUGAUAGAUCAAGAUGAUGAGAGAUUGCCAGAAGGUUUUAGCUGGGACAAAUACUGUCCAGAUAAAAAUUUCUUAAAGCCUAAGGCAUUUGUUGCUCAAAUCUUUGACGAUUCAACUGCCGAGGAAGUAAAAAGGGUUUCAAGAAACGCACCAAUCAUUGAAGAUAGUGAUGAUGAUUAUUAUGCAAGCAGAAUGAAAGAGCACUUAAGAUUUCUAGCCGAGAGAGAUAAUUAUGAUGAUGCAAAUGUUCGAGGGACACAGAAGAAAGUUACAAAACAAGAUGAUAGUGAUGAUGAUACUUUGUAUUAUGCAAGGAGAAUGAAAGAAUAUGAAAAAUUACGAGCUGAGAAAGAUGAGAGUGAUAUGGAAAAUGCUCGAGUGAUAAAGAAGCAGGUCAAAGAAAUUCCAACUUUCGAGAUUGAAAAGAAAGCUGAUGCAGAAAAGGUGUCUGAGAAAUGUGAAAACUGUGAGAGUAUGAAAAAGCACAACAACGAGUUGAUUUAUAACAUGAACAGACUGAAAGAAUCGUAUGAUGUUCUAAACAAAGCUAUGAAUCAAUACAACGAAUCAAGCAGUGAACAAGCGACAGCUAUGAAGACACUCAAUGGAGCGUACAUGACAAAGUAGAAAGUCGUCAAUAAUUACAUUGAGAAAUGUGCUGAGCUUGAACAGGAAUUGGAAACUCAGAGGAUAGAAACUGAGAUAGUAAACAGGUUAUUGAAAAGUUACUCAUGUUCUUCUUAUGUGAUUGACAGGAUUUAUCCUACAAUGGAAGGCAUGAAAGCGUUUGAAGAAGAGAAACCUAAAGUGAAGAAUUCUGGUAAGACCGCAAAGUGUCCUUAUGUAUCCUUUUGUAACCCUUUUAAUUCCCAACACUUGGGGAAGUAUUAUGGGUAAUAAAACGUAAAUUCUGCAUGAUAUUUAUAUGUUUAAAAGCUGAUUAUAGCUAACUUUAAUAAGAUUCUGCACUUAAAGUGCGUUUCGGGUGCU